CCCCACCCCUCCGAGCACCCGCACGCCGGGCCCGCAGUGGCCAUGUCCCCACACCUUCCCCCAGCCCCUGCCUGGCCCCUGACCCGCGCAGCCGGAGCUCCAGAGCCGGGGCCAACCGCCCCCACAGAGCGCCUGGCCCGGGGCCGCGGGGCCGGGAGCCCCGGUGCUGGCAGCUGCUGGGGCAUGCUGGCGGUGGCUGUGGAUCUCAUCAUGGGGGAGGCCACCCCGGGGGACAGGGCCAGGACUGGCCCUGCUGUGCAGGCAGAAGGCAUCCGGCAGCAGCAUGGCGGGGACGGUGCUGCCCCUCUGCCUGCUCCUCGCUGCUGCCCUGCAGGGUGGCCUGAGCCAGGCACCGCGGCCCAGGGCCCGCCCCAGCCUCUUGCUCCUGCGACUGCAGCGGCUGGAGGAGCAGCUUCACCGGCUCCAGGAGGUGACCCUGAGCCAUCUCCAGAGCAUCGCUGGGAACUACAACAUCUCCUACAAUAUCGAUGGACGCUUCCAGGUGCUGGCAGAGCAGGCAGAGGUGGCCGCUGCUGCCCAGGCUGCCCUGAGCACUGAGCUGGCCCGUUUGGCCACUGCCAGCCGGCGGCUGCACCGCAGGCUGAAGCGGCUGGAGGGGACAGUGGGUGCCCUGAGCCUGGUCACACACCCACCAGGUGUGCCAAUGGAGGCUGGCACCAAGCUGCAUAGCCUGAUGGACACUGCCCGGAGCUGGGGCACUCAGCUGGAGCAGGAGCCACAGGGCUGGGUGGCCCCCAGCACCCUCAGCCCUCGGCGCCCAAAGACAAGGCGGUGGCAGCAACGCCGGCAGGAGAAAGGGCGUGGGCUGACAGUUGAUGCUGAGGCUGGUGGAGUGCCCAGGGAGGACAUGAAGCCCCCUCGCAACGCAGCACCAGGAGCCCAAGCCGUGGCACUGGAGCUCCCCACCAUGACCACGGUGCCCCAGGAGCAGCCGCUGGGCCCCCAGCAACCAGGAGAGGGUAGGUCCAGGCCCCCUGUCCCGGCGCCCUCCUCCCCAGCCUGCUGCACCGGCACCGUCCUGCUCUUCCCCAACACUGCUGCUGAGCACGGGGCUGUCCUGGGGCCGGGGCUGCACCGGGGGCUGCGGGCACUGUCGCUCUGCACCUGGCUGGCCACCCUAGGCCCCCACCUCGGUGUCCUCCUCUCCUACAACACCCAGGACGGCAGCAGCGAGCUGGCCAUGCGUGGCCGUGGCGGGAACCUCACCAGCUCUGCGCGCGUCAUCAUUGGGGACAGGCAGUUCCGGGAGCUCCCGGUGAUGCCACUCCUGGAUGGCAAGUGGCACCACCUCUGCCUCACCUGGUCCUCCAGCCAGGGCCAGUUCCGCUUCUACGUGGACAGGCGGCUGCUGGCUGCUGGCUCCAGCUUCCAGCAGGGCUAUGAAAUUCCUGCUGGUGGCUCGCUGAUGCUGGGCCGGGAGCAGGGCCACCCUGGCAGGGACUUCAUUGCUGCAGAAGCCUUUGUGGGUCACCUGGCUGGCUUUGCUCUCUGGAGCCGGGCUCUCCUGCCUGGAGAGGUGGCCAACAUGGCAACUGGCCAGGGGCUGCCUCAUAGCCCCCUCCUCACGCUGGCUGAUGCCUCCCUGCAGGGCGGGGUGCGCAGGCUGGCGUGCCCCUGCCUCCAGCACUGCCUCUGAGGAGCCUGGCAGUGGGCACGGUGCCCAGCGGUCAGGGCGGGCGCGGUGCCGAUGCCGGGACGAGCUGUACCGUCCUGUGGCAAUGGGACAGUCAGCAGAGACGGCGACUCAGGACCGGGACCACCAGAGCUGGGGAAAAGAGGUUUUGGCAGCCGGGAUGGCAGAGGUGGGACUCGGUCCUGGGGCCUGUCCCAGGACGGGAGGUUGUCACCUCUUGCUCCCAGAGGACGUACAGCCCAGUUGUUCCUAUUAAAAUGCUCCAGGCA